AUGGGAGAGAAGAAGGAGCAACACUCGGUCCUGUGGCUCGAUGCUGCAAACAUCCUCCGCUACCAGGGGAUCUUGAGCAACAUACUGUCGACCUUGAGUGCACAAGUCUUUAAUGUCUGUGUCCUGAAGCCAGAGUCCAACACCGAGACAUUUCAGGGGACAAGGAACUUGGUUGCUAAGGUGUAUGAUCCACUCUACCUCAAUGAUCACGGCGGUUAUCUCAAUCCAUUUCUUUGCGUGGACAAGCAUUACACCCAUGAGGCACAAACGUAUCGGGUGCUCUCCGAUCUCCAAGGGGACCUGAUACCCCGCUUUUAUGGGUCUUAUUCUACCGAUAUCAAUUGUCAAGAUAUCGGUGACGACGCGGAGACAAAUGAAAUGUGUUCACGGACUGUCCGCCUGAUCUUGAUUGAGCAUGUCCCUGGUAAAUCGAUACUACAAGCCGGCCCAGGCAAUUUCCCCCCACGGGAUCGUCAGCAAAUCAUGGAAUCCGUGAUAGAAUUUGAGUCCGAGGUCUAUAGACGAGAUAUACUACUUACCGACUUGAGUCCCAGGAAUGUCAUGAUGGUUCCACCGGGCUCGCGCCGGCAAUGCAACCUUGUAUUUCUGGACUUGGCUGGCGCUCUCUUCGGCCGAAAGCUGGAUGAGCCGCUGCUUGCCGGUAGGGAGUUUUUCCUCGGGCAGUACAUCUCUCCAAUACUGCGAUGGAAGAAGGGUAUGAAGCUUGAAUUCGACGACUGGAUUGACUGGGAAUGGGCAGACUGGGUCGAUGCGGAAUUUGCUCAUACCGCCCACACUAUCACUCCGGCAUUGCGUGAGAGAUACAGUAAGAAAUAG